AUGGACUAUAUCUACGAGAUGCGCCCUUCGGGCGAUUUGCCGUACAUAGACAUUCUCAAUUACUUCAAGGAGAACCUCCCAGAGAGGUAUCUCUUGGAGCCAGACAUCGAGGAUGCAGAACAACCUUACAAUGCUCUUCGCCGUGUAAAAAUCGACGAAGCAACAGAGGUUCAAGUGGCGCAACAAUCAAAGGAUUUCGGAUCUCUGAGCCACGUCUUCCAGAGAGAUUACCCCGGUAUUGGCACCUAUACGUGGGUAUUUUUCCGUCGCAAUCGUGGAAGUUUAGAUCACGGGCUUGGCCGUGCGAACGAGAACAUGUACGAAUGCGCCAAGUUCAACGUCAUUCGUGGUCCUAGAGGAUCCCAAACGAAUAACCCGGAUUACAACGCGGAUACCCGAGGUUUGGCGUGUGCUUUCGACGAGCAGAUGCUUCAAUUAGCAGCUUAUCCCCAGACGAAUCACAGAGUCAUGAGUGCACCUCUCUUGCCGCGAUGUGUACCAUUAGAGGAGUUCGGACCUGGUGGAGAAGUGAGCACAAGAACUCCGGGUCAGUUCAGCAUCCCGAAGAAGCAGCAGCCUUCGGCCUUGACUCGUGUCUUCGUGACACCGGAGCUGUGUCUAAGGAUCAUGAGCAUGAUCAGUCAUCGUUGGGAAGACGUGUCCAAUUUGAGCCGCACCUGCCAAACGAUUCUAUUCGCUCUCAAUAACAUUUCCACUCACGUGGAUAUCGGUCAAGGAAACUUCCUGAAUAUGAACGUCCCUGAUCACGUCUUAGAAGAUACGAACCGAGAAUAUGGAUAUAUCAUAAGGCCGGGCUCCUCCGAAUUUGUCGUAGUCUCGGGCAUACGACAAUUCGCAGAGGCUAAUAAGCCAACUUACCGUGGCGUAGUUAGGAACAUGUUUCCACUAAUGGAGACUAUUAGUGUGCGAGGGUUGUCUAUGAAGAUCCUUCAAUUGCACACAAUUCCAAGCCUCAAUAUUAAGAUUUUAGGAAUGAUCCUCAAGUGCCUCCCCAACCUCGAAGUUUUGGGUGUACAUAAUUGCGAAUUACUGCAUUUCGGCGCUACGAUACCAUUGCUGGAAACUGUUGUUUCGCACAACAGUGAAUCCGGAAAAGGCCCCAUUCGGGUUGACUUUUCUCCUUUUUACUAUACUGGGAUUCGAUGCGAGGACGGUGGAAAAAAAGGGGAAUACGGGGUAAUCCCUUCCGAUCUUGGCACUAUUGAAACCCGCAGAGCAGUUGUGGCAGUCCUACGAACUGCCAUAUCGAUAGCUAUCGAGAACGGUAUAGAUUGGUUCUCUCCGGGGACGGGUAUGCGUCUAUUCUUGGACCGACUCCCUUGGGCGAUCGGCUCCAUACGGUACAUUCUGGAGUCCUUAUAUAACUUGCACUAUUUGGAUGCUGGAUUCUAUGGACCCCCAGCCGACAACUCUUCAUGGAUGAACGCCAUCAAACGUACUCUUUGGAACGACUUAGUCCUGGCCAUUCAUGGCAGAGCAAUGGGCCGCCGAGAAUUGGACUGCAUCAUGACGGAUGGAAUGGGUAAUCUCAACCUAACGAAAUGCGUGGGAUGCGAAGUGGACUUCCCUCUAUAUUUCUAUACCAAGGAAUCGAUUGAGAAUGAUCCGUCCCUGACUAAAUGUCACGGGUGCGAGCUUCAGCUUCAGCUAUAUACCCACGUUGACAAUUUCUACCAGGAGAAGAGGGACGUGGCGGAGGCACUUGUACUCGGCGGCCAAGUUGAUUUACACACGCUACUGAACGGCAAGCAAAUCGCCACUGGAGAAGAGUUGGGAGAUCGCAGUUUUUCGUUCUGGCGAAUGUCAGUCAAGACCAAGCAAGAGGUCCUAGAAGCAUGUAGCGGGAACACCAAUGCCUUGGUCUUAGAUGGAAGACCCGGUGGCGGACUUCCGGACGAUUAUAAACAGAUCUGGUUGUGGAAGAAGAGCAUGGAUGGAGCGACAAACAUAGCACACCGGGAUAUCGACGAUGGGGCUGUGAAAGCUCAGAAGAGGAUCGCCAUGUACCAAGGCAACCUCGACCGACUCCACGACGUUUACUUCAGCGGCGCUUUGCGGUGUGAAGUAAAAAAGCAAUAUAUUCGAGACAAGGCCGAGGAGAUGAGCCGACAAAUUGACCGGCAAAGAGCCCGAUGUGGACUAAUCCAGAUGGGCGGUAACCAUUGCUCGGGCGCUCUGGCCGCAGCAGACUGGGAUGCCGAGAUAGAAGCGUAUCGACAGACUCUCAAGUCCAUUGAUCGGAUUAGCAAAGACACCGAUUGCUCCAAGACGCCUUGGGAUCUCGUCUUCCCCACGGUCUGGUAG